AUGAUGAGGGCUUGGGCACUGAGCGUCGUGUCUAUGCUGCUGGCAGCGCCGAGCAAGGCUUUGGAGCUUGAUAUUUCUAGUAAAACAUCCAUCAAGGAUACCGCCAGCACAAUUGCGUACGGCCUCGUUAAAUACUACAAUGGAAAUCUCACAGGUGGCAUCCCGGGUCUCCUACCGGGUCCCUAUUACUGGUGGGAGGCGGGCGGCAUGUUUGGCCAUCUCAUCGAUUAUUGGUACUAUACGGGCGAUUCGACAUACAACGACAUCAUCAUGCAGGGCAUGAUGCACCAGAUUAACGCACCCACGGGCGACUUUCUCCCACGCAACCAGUCCAACGCCAUGGGCAACGAUGACCAGGGUUUCUGGGCGCUGACCACCAUGAUGGCCACCGAGGCCGCGUUCCCGAACCCGCCGUCCGACACCCCGCAGUGGCUCGCCGGCGCGCAGGCCGUCUUCAACGAGUACGUGGUGCGCUGGCAGGAAGAAAAUGGGCUCUGCGGCGGAGGCUUGCGCUGGCAGGUGUACGCCGUGCUGCAAGGCUACGACUACAAGAACAGCAUCGCCAACGGCUGCUUCUUCAACGUCGCGGCGCGCCUCGCCCGCUUCACCGGCAAUGCCACCUACGGCGAAUGGGCGACCAAGAUCUACGAGUGGGAGUCUGGCAUCGGCCUCAUCGGCAAGGACUAUGCCGUAUACGAUGGCUACAACGUCUUCGACGACACAAAGACCUGCGGCAAUCUACACGACAUCCAGUUUAGCUACAACGCGGGAAUUUGGCUCGCCGGCUCCGCGGCCAUGUACGAUUUCACCAAGAACGACACCUGGAAGACGCACGUCGACGGGCUCCUCAACUUCACCACGCGCAUGUUCAUCAAGGACGGUCAUCUGUGGGAACCGCCGUGUGAAACGCAGCCCAAGGGGUGCGAUCAGAACCAGGUUAGCUUCAAAGGGUACGUGAUUCGCUUCCUCGCCUUCACGUCCAAGAUGGCGCCGUGGACGUCCGAUGGCAUCCGGACCAUCUUAAAACAGGCCGCCAAGGACGCCGCUGGCGCCUGCAUCGGCCCGGCCGGCGCCAAUUACAAGGGCAUCGACGGCACCGCCUGCGGCUUUUCUUGGCUCGAGAACGCCAAGUACGACGGCUUGGCCGGCGUGGGGCCCCAGAUGAACGCCCUCGCCGCCGUCUUUUACAACUUGCUCGAAGACGUCAAGCCGCCGGCAACAAGCGAGGAUCGCGGAACGUCCAAGGGGAACCCCAACGCGGGGAGUGGCAUGGCACAGCCAAUGCCAAAGCCGAGGGCCAUUGUCACGGCAGACAGGGCCGGCGCCGCUAUCCUCACCAUGUUAUUUGCUGUGGGGAUUGUAGGUGGCAGUUUUUUUCUUAUGAGCGAUCUUUUUGAUUGA